GCCAGUCGCCGCCGAGCGGGAGCGCGCGCCACAGAAAAGCUGAAGAGAUUCGGAAGAAAGCUUUUCUUUUAAGCAAACCUCUUUUUCCCCCUCCCCCUCUCUCUAACGCGGAGAAUUCGGCGGCGGCGAUCGGGCCGAUGCUGGAGUUUAAAAUUUCCUCAGGAACUGUUCUUCAUGCGGUGUAAUGAUCCUCUGUCAGUAGACAGCUGAAGUUGCUUGCUGAGUGGAAGAAGACUACCUUACAGAAAUUCUUGCCAUGUGUGUACAAAGAAAAUGGGUGUUAAUGCUUCUACCUACCCGUAUCCAUCAUGUCCGACAGCUGGGGUGAAAACACAAUCUUCAAAUGCAGUUGGUGAAUCUCCUUCACAUCCUCAGUUUGGAUGUCAGCCAGAGGGGAAGUUCUGCAUCUCUGGAUUCGGCCAGGACAAACGUGAGAAGAAGAGGAGCUCUAAUCUCGCCUUACUGAAGAAGAAACUCUUCAGACGCCGGAAGUCGGCCAAGGCGGCUGACCAUGCCAAGCACAUGCGUGAGCUUCUGUGCGGCUGGGACGUGCGGGAUGUGGGUCUGCUGGUGAAGCAGUAUGAAGCCGCGUUGGCUGUGAAGGAGCUGGUGAUUCAGGCGUGUGUAGCCAGGCCAGAGGCCAGCCGGUUAAAUGAAGAUCUGGCCAAGCUUUACCAGUUCAAGUACUGUACGGAUGUGGACCUGGUAUUCCAAGGUACGUGCUUUCCUGUCCACCGUGCCAUAUUGGCGGCCCGGUGUCCUUUCUUCAAAACCCUCCUCUUAUCCAACCUGGACCGCGCUGAGUUAGUCAUGGACAUCAGCACUGUCGGUAUUGACAUGCCAAUACUGUCAUCCCUUUUGCACUACUUGUAUAGUGGAGAAUUUGGCAUGCAAAAUUCCCAGAUCAAGAACGUCGAUGUGUUGGUUCGUCUCAGUGAAGAGUUUGGGAUGCCCAAUGCUCUUCACUUUGAUAUAUACAGUCUCCUGGAGAGCUCCUGCUAUUACGAUGCAGUCCUCAGCUUUACCUCCAAUCCUGACGUCUCCGAUAGCUUUGAAGGGUGCUGCCUGGAGGGGGAGUUCCGCUGUCAUAAGGCCAUCCUAUGUGCCCGCUCGCCAUUCUUCCGAAAUCUCCUCCAGAAGCGGAUACGCACUGGUGAGGAGACAACAGAUCGGACCUUGCAGACUCCAGCAAGGAUCGUGUUGAACGAAGCAAUCAUUCCAAAGAAAUACGCAAAAGUCAUUUUGCACUGCAUGUACACUGACCUGGUGGACCUAGACUUGGUCCUGCCUUUCAGCCCAUCGACUGGGAGCUUAAGAGAAGUACAGGAUGAAACUGGGAAGGACAGCGAGACUCGACUGGAAAACGCUAUGGAGCUGUUCCAUAUAGCACUCUUCAUUGAGUUUGAUAUGCUGGCACAAGGCUGUGAAGACCUGAUUGUUGAGAGUGUCACGCUGGACUCUUUAGUUGCUAUCCUAAAGUGGAGCUCUCAACCAUAUGGAUCUAAAUGGGUCCAUCGGCAAAUGCUGCAUUUCCUCUGUGAGGAGUUCAGUAACGUCAUCGCUUCCGACAUUCUCUAUGAGCUAAGCAAGGAGCACCUGAUGGCAGCAAUCCAGUCAGAUUACCUGCAGGCAAGUGAACACGAUAUCCUGAAGGCUGUGAUUAAAUGGGCUGAACACCAGCUGGCAAAGCGUCUGUCGGAUGAAGAGCCCAAUUUGCUGAAUGGGACGGCACACAGCGUCAACAAACGUGGGGUGAAGAAACGGGACUUGGACUCUGCGCAACUCCGUGAGAUCAUUUCUGACCUAGUACCUCACGUUCGUACUGCUCACAUCCUUCCAGCAAAGAGUGAGGUCCUGUCUGAUGCUAUGAAGAGAGCAUUGAUCAGCUCGCCCCCAUUGGAUAUGCUUCCUCCCCCAGAGGGCAGGAAAUCCAGAGCGUGGUUUUGCCUCAAGGCUUCUGGCAUCGGUGCCAAGCCACGAUUGUUCUCUCCGUACAUCGAGGAAGCCAAGGUUGUCUUGGAAGAACUAAUGUCGGAGCAGACAAGCUUGGAAAAGGUGCGGAUGAGCCGGAUAUCCAGCGUUCCGGAUACACUCUACAUGGUCGACUCUAGUGUGGCAGACUUUUCCCGCCUGAAUGCUGGAUCCCCACACAGCUGUGAUGAAAGUGUUUCUGCAUCUCUCCGUGAUGAAGUACCUGUGCCUCCAGUAGAUGUGGCUAAAACCAUGUUUAGACGGCUCAAGGAGAUCUGGCAAAGCGACCAGGUGCAGAGGGCUUACACUUUAAACAUUGGUGCUGGGGCAGCUGUCACCGGGGCUGUCUAUUUACGCGUGGUCCGGGAGUUCGGCCUUCCUGAUGUGGCCACUGAAUUAUUAAAGUAUCCUGCAGUGCAUUUUCCUAAUGAGCACCUUGGCAUCGAUAGCCCAACCUUCGCAAAACGCCAGCCAAACUCCCGUCGGACCACUCCAGUCAAGGAAACUAACAUCCUGAGCCUGGAUCCUUUCAGGAAUUUCAGUCCCCCACUCCCUCCCCCUCCUCCUCCCUACCAUCUCCCUCCAACACCCAGGAGAGAAUGCACACAGCCCAGUGAAAAGAAAGAAGACAGCCAGCCUACCUCAUGCCGUGCUUUGCGUGCUAACUUGCAGCCACAUUCUGGCUCUCGGACUUCAGAGCAGGCGGUGCAGGCCUCCAUCAGGGCCAUUAACUGCGAGGAGCCCAGUGAUAGCCACAUGACACUCGAGGAGCAGGUCCCUAGUUCCAAAAGUUUGGUUAAGGACUUGAUGCCUGACAUUGCCAUGGCAGCUGCAUCAAAGCAGAAUUUGAGCCCCAAAGACCCUGAGCUUUGUAAGGCCAUCACUGACACUGGUCGAGAUUCUGCAGAGCCCACCAGUGAAUCGUCUGAACCACUCUGCUCCAACCGGGGUAUCAGUAAGUACAGUCUAAGGAAGAAGAAGCACUCUAGAGGGCAGAAACCUCGAAGGCAUGUAGACUUUUGGAACUACCCUGAUUUUUAUGACUUUUCCCCUGAAGAUUCUUGCCAAUCCUCCGCUUUGUCCCAAAAGUUGCCUUCCCCUUCCUCUUCCCCUUCAAAGGGUCACAUCUUCUGUCAGGACUUGAAGAAUAAUUCUAGACCACCCACUGGUUUAAAGCAAGGUCAGAUUAACCCCACUUCACCGUCAAAAAGGAAAGAGACCUUGAACAGUGAAUCUGCAGAUCCUCAGGAGAAGCCAGAACUUAAAAGGACUUCAGUAAAACUUGACCCAUCACCUACAGUAGAGGUUGUCCAUUGUACUGCUGGCACAGAUUUGACCCAUGGGCUACCGGCCCAUGAGGAAAGGCUACUUGACAUUCAUCAACAGCUUGGAAGAUCUGACCAGCAACUGCCUUUAGAACCAGCUAGUUAUAAAGCCACCUCUGGUGGGACUUUGAUGGGGACGGACUUGAUACAUGGUUUGCCAGCUGAAGAGCAGAAACCUAGACCUAGACUUGCGUCGCCAAUCAAGUGUUCUUUUCUCACUUGCGAGCCACCAGCUUCUCAGUCAAGACAACGGAGCUCCCCACAGACCACAGUAAAAUCCGACAGCCUUUCUUCCCCGGGGCCUAGCUGUUGUGAUUACCUUUACCGGAGGGGUGGAAAUGGCACAGCAAUGACGACGGACCUGACUUGCAGUCUUCCUACCAGCCCCAGUGUUGGUGUGCCAUUAAUCUCGGUCAUCGAAGACUCCUCUGGAAGAAGACUAGCUGAGGCAAACCUCCUCUCACCAUCAAACUGUUGCAUCACUCAUAGCGUGAACUCCAAGAGACAGCCAAGUAAAUCAGAGGCUAGAGACUUUCCUUACAAAAAAUCAGCUCUAUAAAUCUGGUAUUUGUAUUCCUCAGCUGUUAUAUUUUAUAUUUUUUCCUCCCCUUUUUUUCUCUCUCCAUUCUGCAAUGGGUGCCCUUUACAAAAGAAAAAAAUAUGGUGUGAUGAGAGUUCUUGGGUGACUAUGGUCCAGCUUUUUCAGUGUGAGCUCACUGACAUCUCUGACAGUGUUGCUUGGGACAUGAUCUGCUCAGAACAUUGGAUGUUCCUUAGUGAUCAGAUGAAUCAUUUGGGGGAAGGUUGGGGUGGCAGAUUGAGGCUGGGGACCGUUAAUAUGUUAAUUUUUUUUAAAGUGCCAUUGCAUUUGCACCUGGGCAAAGACAGAGCAUUGGCCCCGUGAUGAUGCUGCCAUUGAGUGGCCCAUUCUCAACCUGUUCUAUCACUAGGGACAGUCCACGAUAGGCAGGCCAUCCUCACAGGGAGGUAAAAUUCAAGAGGGAGCUCACGGGAAGCCUUUGCAACACAGCCCAGCAGCUGGCUGUGGAGGAAUUUCAACCAAUAGCCAAGAUCAGAAAGUGGAAGAGGACAGAUUUGGGGAAAGGGGAAUAAGAGGUUUCACUUCCUGUCUCAAGUAUUCCAAAAUCCAAGCAAAAGAGCAAUUAAGAAAGAUGAAACAAUAGGGAAACGCACAAGGAAUUAUUUGAUGACAAGAUAAUUUCCUCUUGACAGUAGGAACUUCCUCUGGGGGGGUGUUCCUACAACACACGGACUGCAGCGGUUCAAGAAGGCAUCUCACCACCACCUUCUCAACGGCAAUUAAGAUGGGUAGUAAGUGCUGGCCUAGCCAGCAAUGCCCACAUCCAGUGAACAAAUAAAAGGAUAGAAAAUGGCUCAGUGGGUUAGAAUCAGGACCAGGAGUAUUGGGGAUAGAGAUGAAGUUAGGCGGGCGUUCCUUUUGUCAGCAUUGUCAGGCAUGACAGCCAGUCACAAGAAUUUGCUCCACUAAUGGCCAUAGAUUUGCUGCUCAUUGUGAAUUUCAGCCAUGCAGAUCAGAGAGGUCCAAGUUUGAUUCCCACAAUGCACUUAGUUAACUGAACACUGUCAGCUUGAUGGUGCGCGAUGUUACCAAAGGAAAGAAAGGUCAACCAGCUUUCCAUGCCUGAUUGCUGGCAAGUGCAUCCAUGUGAUGCCUUCUCCUUUACUCUCUCACUGUCUCCCUUCUUCACCUGUAAAACGCAUGUGUUUGAAUGACCUGUGGAUUGCAUGUGAAGAAAGGGCACUGAGUGAAACUGAGUUCUCCUGAGCAUUGAGAUCAAGGGAGAAACCAUUCACCGUCGGUUACUCCUGUUUAUUGUUGAACCGUCCGCGCUUGAAACAAAAACAAACUAGCUUCCACUCCGUGCCUGAUCGAAGCAGGUUUCUGAUACCAGUCCCCAUUUGGGAGGGGAUAAACUCAAAAAUCAGGGACCACCAUUUGAACAGGUUGGCUGCUCAGCCCUUGUUGCUGGGAAGGAGAUGGGGAUUCUUGGGGGGUGAGGUGGGGGAAGGGGAAUAAAAGGGAAGUAGAUAUCUUUGCGAGUCACAGGUCUUACCAUUUCAUCAACAGUAUUCUGUAGCCAGAGGCUGAGAAAUAGACUGAAAAAUGCUUUUGUUAGUAAAGUUAGUUAUGAAGUUCUUCAAACCUGAGCUAGCCCUUCACUUUUGAUGAUGAUACCUUUUGCUGAGUCUUUUUGGGGGGAGAGCCACUGUCUGUACAAUGUAACACAGUUUCCCAACUGGCCUAUUUGUGAAAAUCCAAAGGCACCUCAACUUAUACACAACAUAGAAGGAACUGACUGAUCAACUAGCCAGGGGUGUCACCAGGAAUUUCAUUUUAAAUGUUAAAUGAUAUGUGGGUGAAACUUAAACUGAUGCACCCAUCAGCACCAGUGAUGGAUUCUGCCCCCCCCUCAAACUCUGCUUCAUGUUUGGUUCAAGUUUUCUGAGUGGUGUGAUGUUUUAGGUGAAGCACAGUUGGGUACAGAUCUGUCACUGGUGGUGGGAGAUGUUUUGAGGGGUUGAACUGAGAGCACUGUAUAAGAAUACAUCUUAGUCGACAACGGUUAUUUUCCAGAGGAGCUUUGGUACUAGCACGA